CUGCUGGCGGGAUGAACACUCGGGAGGAGGUGAUUUGGGCCAAUGGCAGCACGACACUGUCACCACCCCUGGCACCCAACAUCAGCCGCUGUCUGCUACUACUCUAUGUAGACAUUGGCACCUCUAGGGUCCGGUACUGGGACCUCCUGCUGCUCAUCCCCAAUGUGCUCUUCUUCAUCUUCCUGCUCUGGAAGCUUCCACUCGCUCGUGCCAAGAUCCGCAUUACCUCCAGCCCCAUUUUUAUCACCUUCUAUAUCCUGGUGUUCGUGGUGGCACUGGUGGGCAUUGCCCGGGCCGUGGUGUCCAUGACGGUCAGCAGCUCCAAUGCUGCUACUGUUGCUGACAAGAUCCUAUGGGAAAUUACCCGCUUCUUCCUGUUGGCCAUCGAGCUGAGUGUGGUCAUCCUGGGCCUGGCCUUUGGCCACCUGGAGAGCAAGUCCAGCAUCAAGCGGGUGCUGGCCAUCACCACAGUGCUGUCCCUGGCCUACUCUGUCACCCAAGGGACCCUGGAGAUCCUGUACCCUGAUGCUCAUCUCUCAGCUGAGGACUUCAACAUCUAUGGACAUGGGGGCCGCCACUUCUGGUUGGUCAGCUCCUGCUGCUUCUUUCUGGUCUAUUCUCUGGUGGUUGUCCUCCCCAAGACUCCGCUGAGGCAUCGCAUCUCCUUGCCUUCACGGAGAAGCUUCUAUGUGUACGCCGGCAUCCUGGCUCUGCUCAACCUGCUGCAAGGCCUGGGGAGUGCGCUGCUCUGCGCCGACAUCAUCGCAGGGCUCUGCUGUGUGGACACCACCACCUUCCUCUACUUCAGCUUGUUUGCGCCCCUCAUCUAUGUGACCUUCCUCCGAGGGUUUUUGGGUUCGGAGCCCAAGAUCCUCUUCUCCUACAAAUGCCAAGUGGACGAAGCAGAGGAGCCAGAUAUGCACCUGCCACAGCCCUACCCAGUGGCCCGGAGGGAGGGCCCAGAGGCCACUGGAGCCAUGGGACCCUCUGCCGCCAGCUACUCCAGCACGCAGUUUGACUCGGCUGGGGGCGUGGCCUACCUGGACGACAUUGCAUCCAUGCCAUGCCACACGGGCAGUAUUAACAGCACAGACAGUGAGCACUGGAAGGCUCUCAAUGCCUGA